CACUCCUCUCACAUCCUCACCCAACCCCCAUUAACGCAAACCAAAUAUGCAUCCUUCCCCCUCCCCAUCACUUCAAACCAACUCCCGUGAAGACGAUAGACCAGCGAAGCGGAGAAAAGUACGCAAAGGUACUCAGAGUUGCUGGGAAUGCAAGAAGCGGAAAGUUCGAUGCAUCUGGGCAUCACCCACCACAUCCACAUGUAAUAAUUGCGUGCGGCGCAAGUCCAAAUGUGUUAGUCAAGAAUUUACGGACGAACUGAAUCGGGACAGGAGAGGAGAUGAUGGAUUAGAGACGCGCUUGAGUCGAGUGGAGAAUCUGCUUGAGCGACUUAUUGAGUCUACAACAGAUAGACAGCACGAUAUUGCUGCUGAGUGCAUGGGAGCUAUGAUAUCAGAGAGGUCAGGGAGUACAAUAGAUCACACAAGUAACACCGACAUCACAUCAUCCACCUCACCGGAAACCACAUCAACGCCCACAGGUCUAUCGAAACAACUAGAACCAGCACGUAUCGACCUAUACAUCAGUCUAUCUCGAGACCUCAUUGCAGCAUGGCCCUCAGCCUCCGAUCUAGACUAUAUCUGCAGGCUACCCGUCAGCAUCUCCACACAUGUACACAUGAAACUAACGACAUCCUCCGCCAACCUGAUGAAACAAGUACCCGAUAACCCACGAAACAUAUUGCAGCUACCGCCACCAGGAUCACACCCAAUACUAAUAGCGCGGAAACUCCUUCUUCUCAGCAAUUUAGUACAAGGCGCACUAUCCGACGACCGCAUACCCACCAGCCAGCAAGCGCAUUUCAGCGCAGUCAUGUUCCACGCCAUGGACGUAGCCACACGCCUCGUAACCUCUAAUGACUCGCUAACGGCCUCUGUCGAAGGCGUCGAAUGCAUCAUGAUCGAAUCCAUCAUUCAGAACUACGCUGGGAACCUGCACCGCGCGUGGCUCACUGUACGUCGCGCCGUUGCUGUAGCACAGAUGUUGGGGCUGCAUCAUGGCAGCGCCAAAUUGGCUACUAUCAAGGUGGUGGAUCCCAAGACGCGCGAGGGCCUCGAUCCGGAUCAGCUGUGCUGUCGCAUUGUGGAGAUGGAUCGAUAUCUGUCGUUGACACUGGGGUUACCGCAGUCUUCGCUGCAGACUGUGGGGUUGAGUGCUGAAACGAUAGCAAAGUGUCAUCCGUUGGAUCGUAUCGCGAGGCUGCAAUGCGUUAUUGGAGACCGUAUCUUGGCACGCAGAGUAGGAGAGCCGCGCGAAAUUACAGAGAAACGGGUCCGGGAGAUUGAUAAUAUGUUCAAGGAGGUGACUACGCUGAUGCCAUCGGACUGGUGGCUUAUCCGAGACUUUGAUGGUAAGGACGGGAGCGAUUCGGAUCCAAUGCAUGAAACUGUGCGGAACAUGUAUCAGCUGUCGCACUUCUACCUCAUCAUACGCCUGCAUUUACCGUAUGUUCUCCGCUCGCCAGGCAGGGGCAUGUGCGAAGAAAGUAAAGCUACAGCCGUCCAUGCCGCCCGCGAAAUCAUGAGUCGAUACAUUGCGUUUCGCAAGCGGAAAAGCGGUCUGUAUUACUGCAGGGGAGUCGACUACCUUGCUUUCGUCGCCCUCACAGUGCUGUGUCUGGCUCAUAUCGAUUCGCAGAACCAAUCGAGGAUGCGGCACAGAGCACUCUUCGAUCACAGCCGUCCAAGCGAUCGCGCCCUGAUGGAAUACACGGUCAAGAUUUUGGGAGAGAUGAGAGGCGAUGAUAUUGCGACGAAGUUGUCGGGUAUCAUGCAGUAUCUUCUGGACGCUGAAGCGGCAUCGGCAAAUGGAACUGGUUACAGCACUUCGGCUAGUGAGACAGACGAUGGGCUGGCGACGGAGUUUGAUGGUCAGUUCAUAGGCGUUGAGAAGGCGGUCUUGCAGCUGCACAUACCGUACUUUGGUACCAUCAGCCUCCAGCGCAGGCUAGCCUCCGAUAUCCCAUUAGCCGAGGAGAUGCUGUCUACUCAGGUAGCUGACCAGACACAGGCAGCAGUCACAGAUUGGAACAAUCAGUGGUCGUUUCUUGAUUCAUCAAACGAUGUGGGCACACUCGAUGACUGGACACUGCAGAGUAUCAACGAGGGUCUUUUCGGGGGUCUGCUUGGCGGGUUGGGAGACGUAGAUUUCGACCCUGGGCCAUCUGUAGAUAUGUAGACACUUGCUACUGAGUCACCCCCAGUAGCCAUUUCAAAGUCAUACUUCACCCUCCCC